AGUCGUUCUCUCGCGCCUGUCAAGGGGUAUUUCAAGGGAAGCGCCUGGACUUGAACCCCGUGAUACGGAAUCCUGAAUAAUGGUGCUGAUGAGGAGCUCUGGGCAUCGUCUCAAGCCUGGCCCCGAGGGAGGCGGCGCCGAGAGAGGCGGGCGUCUGCUCAUCUGCAAGCCGGAGCCCGAGGCCGUGGGGACCCCCUUCCCGCGCGUGCCCGCCGCCGCCGUGCUCCUGGGCAGGAGGCCGCCAGGACUCACGCCUCGCUUCCGCGGCCCCCGGCCCGAGCAGCGCCCCGAGAGGCCCGAGAGGGCCGGCGGCCUCCCAGACGGUCCCGGCACCCAGGACCCCAGCGCUGGCGCGAACAAGGCUAAGGAGAAGGUGUGGUCACACCCCAGCCUGAAAGAAAGCACAUUUGUCAGAGGCAAAAGGACCUCGGCCUUCCCAGAGAGACCUGCCCAGAAGACCCAACCCUCUUCUGCACAAGAAAAGGUCAAUCGACUCAACAAGAAAAAUGCGGAGAAGACCAAGGUGUCUCUCAUUCCGGGGAGUCUCGGCGCAGCGAGCCCGCGGGAAAGGGGAGACGUCGUCGGUGCUCCCAGGGACGCCACGAAGCCAAGAGAGAAGCUAGACGGAAGAGACAGCUCAGGCCCCGAGAGACUGGGGGGGCAAGACGGGGACGCCAGGAAGACGUCCGGGGGGGUCAGGGAGAACCUGGUGUUCCAAGGCCAGAGAAAUGGGCUUCCCUCUGCUGAAGAGACCAGGGGAGGAGAAACUGAGAAAAACGGAGCGGCAGCGGCGGCCAGUGAGAGAGAGCUGGGCGAGAGCUGGAAGGGAAAGCGACCUGGCCGCCAGACCGACGGGGAUCACGGCUGUGAAAGGUGUCUCAGCGGCGUCAAAGCCGUUUCCGCCCCUCGGGCCCCAGGGAGCCCUGCCGGGGGCCCCCGUUUCCAGCAAACGGAGCCCGCCGAGCCCGCCGGCCUCAGCAAGCGCAGGGUCGCGGAGGAGGGGGCCAGCCAAGAGGACAGCAAGAAGAGCAAGACGGACGCGGCCUCUCCGGGGGCCCGGGACCCCUGCCCGGCUCACGAGGGCUUGCGAGACCAGCCUCCGGGGCCCGCCGACAAGCCCUCCGCACCGCGGGACCUGGGGACACCACGGGAUGACACCCUGGCUCCUCCUGCCCCCUUUCAUCACCGGAUGGUCACUGCCAAAAAAGCCGCCAUCAGCAGUUUUUAUACCGUGGACAGAUCGGAAAUUCUAGGAGGGGGGCGCUUUGGCCAGGUUCACAGGUGCGAAGAGAAAGCCACGGGCCUGAAGCUGGCGGCCAAGAUCAUCAAGACCAGAACUGCCAAGGAGAAGGACGAAGUGAAGAACGAGAUCAACAUCAUGAACCAGCUGGAUCACGUGAACCUCAUCCAGCUCUACGACGCCUUCGAGUCCAAGAACGACUGCAUCCUGGUCAUGGAAUAUGUCGCCGGCGGGGAGCUGUUCGACCGCAUCAUCGACGACAGCUACCGCCUGACCGAGCUCGACGUCAUCCAGUUCACCCGGCAGAUCUGUGAGGGCGUCAGGCACAUGCACCAGAUGUACAUCCUGCACCUGGACCUGAAGCCCGAGAACAUCCUGUGUGUGAAUCGGGAUGCUAAGCAAAUAAAGAUUAUUGAUUUUGGAUUGGCCCGAAGAUACAAACCCAGAGAGAAGCUGAAGGUGAACUUUGGAACCCCAGAAUUCCUCGCUCCGGAAAUUGUCAACUACGACUUCGUCUCUUUCCCCACGGACAUGUGGAGCGUGGGGGUCAUCACCUACAUGCUGCUGAGCGGCCUGUCCCCCUUCCUGGGGGACAACGACACGGAGACCCUGAACAACAUCCUGGCCUGCAGGUGGGACCUGGAGGAAGAAGAGUUCCAGGGCCUUUCGGACGAGGGCAGGGAGUUUGUCACCAAGCUUCUGACGAAGGAGAAGAAUUGGAGAAUCAGCGCCAGCGAGGCCCUCAAGCACCCGUGGCUGGCAGACCCCCGGCUGCACCGCAGGCUGAGCGCCCAGAAGCAGCAGCGCCCCUCGGGGGCUCGGGACCCCACCGACAAAUAGUCUGCAGAAAGCACCGGACAGGAAAACUGCUGCUUGGAGAAGAUUUUUUCUUUUUUUUUCUGAAAAAUCAGCAACUCAGCUGCCUUGACCCUAGGGUGGUGGGUGACUGGAGCUGGAGAGUCGCCUCUUGAACUCGGGGUGACUCGGCCACACGCCGGGGGCGCCCUGCUCUGCCGCCCGGGGCGGGGGGGGGCAGCGUCCCGCGUGGCGCCCCUUCCUCACCUCCCUGCCCCGGGUGGACGCUGCGGGGCGCCUCCCCUGCCGUGUGGAGUUUGCUUUAGUGUAGUUCGAGGCGCUCAGUCCCGGGGGCCGGCUCUGCUCCCCCGCGGGCCCCGGAGCCGUCCCCUGCCCGGGAGAUUUCAGCUGCGUGUCGAGAGCCUGGACGUUGUGCUGAGAAAACAGUUUCUCGUCCUUCAAGGGCGUCUCAGAGGCGCGGCUGCGUCGCCCUGAAACUCCCUGCAGGUCCCGAGGUGCCCGGACCCCGCGGAGGUGAGGGCGAGGUGAGGGCGGAGGUGAGGGCUGGGCCCGCCCUUCCUGGAACACAGCGUGGGUUGGACUCGCUUGUUCCCAUUUCCGAGACCAGAGGCCUUUCCCGUCUUCAGGCCGGCUCACGCGUUCCCCAGGGCUGCCCUGCUCUGAUGAGGGCCUGAGUGGGUGCCGGGCCCCCCAUCCCCUCCCGUGUUUGAGGGGCUGCCAGG